AUGAGGUCAACUCAAUUCUUUCAAUGCUGGAUGAUCCUGGCCAGUCUUAUCUUCCCCAGCCAAGUCACUCUCGCUAAAGAGACCGAAGACAACUGCUCCGUCUUCGACUGGAAUCACAAGCCCGCUACGUCAAAUUCUCAGAGUCCGCGCCCAGUGAGCGCUGCGAAAUACUGCCCGGCACGCUCAGACGAAAAUUCUAAAGGCCAGAACUGUACCCUGACUGGCAAUGGUACUAUGAACUUUCUGUUCAGCGACAACACUACAGAACCCGAAUACCAUCCUUGGUUGGCCGAUCUCAUAGAGCGAACUUUGUCCACUGCAAAUGUGGAUAUGCCCGCUCCCCAUUUCAACCGCUCGGUCAAUGCUACUAUCGAGCAGACGAAAAGCCUGCAGCCUGGCCAGGCAGGGUUUAUUGCUUUCGAGGCCGCGAUGUUCUGCUACGAGGGCGCCCUACAAAAGUGCACGGGUAAUAUCAAGGACGGGAGCAGAGCCAGGAUUUGUGCUCCGCUUUGGAGCAAGCGUGGUGAUCACGUCGUUGUCACCGGUAAUUAUUCCGUGGUCACAAUCGACAAAAACCAAGUUGAGAACUACCCUGAUCCAUACACGUCCACCUCCGGUGGCAUUUGGAGCUCCAAGAUACGUGGAGAUGUCCUGGCUAUCGGGUUGGCUGUGUCUUUGUUGGCCGUGCUGGCUGUUUAA